CGGUAUGGUGCAUGUGACAAAUACAAUUUUAUUUUAUUUGAGUUAUCCUCUUUCCCUGUAAACUAUAAUUUGAGUGACCAAAACAUCACCCAUACUAUAUUUUCUCCAUUAAAAUGCUCAGUUGAGAAAAUGUACAUUUUAUCUCAUCUCUAACGAUCAGUCAGGCUGAAGGACAGGCUAAGAGGGCACAGCAACAUCCAAUCCUGUCAUACGUUACAUCAUGCUUUCACAACUGAUUUGUUUAUCCAACCAUUUUUUUUUAUUCUGUGCAUAGUGUUUGUGUGCUUGUGUGUGUACGUGUGCAGAGAGACUCCGGGAGGGGAGUGUCUGUCAGUCAUUCAGGGAUAAAUAGAGAGGCAGUGCUCAGAGUUUGUCAGAAGGCUGAACUGACAGGGUCACACAGGACCAAGCAGGAGCAGGACCUCAGCAUUUGACCCUUUAUUACAAAUGGAGGAACAUGAAGAUGUUCAAUAUUGUUUUCAAGACGGAAACUCUUCUUGCAGAAAGGCUUUGCUAUCGACAUCUAUCUACAUAACACUGUACAUCUUCUUCUCAUUGAUUUCAGCAGUUACAAUAUUUUUGAACAUACUGGUGAUCAUCUCCAUCUCUCACUUCAAGCAGCUCCACACUACAACCAACCUGCUCAUCCUCUCUCUGGCUGCGUCAGAUCUCCUGGUGGGACUGAUUGUGAUACCAGUAACGACAGUAGCAACAAUGGAAUCAUGCUGGGGAUUUGGGGAAUAUUUCUGUGUGUUUCAAUUCUACAUUGCUUUUUUAUGUGCUUCUUUAUCUCUGGGCAAUUUGGUCUUGAUAUCUAUUGACCGCUAUGUUGCUGUGUGUGAUCCCUUAAUGUACCACUCUAAAAUAACAAUAACAAGAAUGAUGUGUUGUAUUUCCAUUACCUGGUGUUGUUGUAUCAUAUACCGUGCUGCUAUUAUAAAAAACUUAGUAAAUGUACAGGUACCCAGUAGGUGUUUGAAUGAAUGUUUUACCGUUGAAGGGUUAAUCUGGGUUAAUAUCGUUGACCUUGUAAUUACAAUGGUUGUCCCGUGCUCUAUUAUUAUAACACUUUAUUUGAAAAUCUUUGUGGUGGCCAGAUCACAGGCCAGAAAGGUGUUUUCAAAAGAGGCUGCCAGUGUCUCUGGUGUUAAAACUAUACAGGCAAAUAAGUCUGAGAGAAAAGCAGCAAAAACUCUAUCUAUUGUUGUUGUCAACUAUCUCAUUUGUUGGAUUCCAUCUCUAUUUCUUUUCUUCUUUUUUUCUUUUUUAAUUGACAACUUGACAACAUUGUUCAUCAGUUUUCUGCCACUUGUUAACUCCUUAAUUAAUCCAAUAAUUUAUGCUUUUUUUUAUCCAUGGUUCAAAGUGACAGCUAAACAUAUUUUAACUCUGAAGUUAAGGCGUUCAUAAAUUAGUUCCUAUGUUUUUAUUCCAUAGUUUGAGAAACAGCUUUGAUAUAGUUAUGUUAUACAAUUUGUUGUAAUUGCUUCUUUCAUGUAACAAUACCCUUAAUUUUGUUCUACAAUUGUUAUAAUUAUUUAUUUCAUGUAACAAUAAACUGACAUUACUUAUCUCAGUGUUGUCACAGAUACAUGUGGUAUGUGGUGUUGAUACAGAAGAAUUUGUUUGGAUUGGAGUGGAAUGACUUCGAGAAUGCAUAAAAAGGCUUAAGCUUGUUUUAUAAAAUACAUUGUAGUCAUUUUGGGCAGUAUAUUCCAAAUACCAAAGCCUGUUGUUGUAUUCUAAUAGUACAUUUUGAGGACGUCAUGAGUCAUUCUAUAUCUU